ACAAAAAAUGCAAAAAAGCAUAAAUAUAAUGAGAUGUCUCGCGAGUGUUGAUUGGGGCAUGGACCCCAAAUUACUGAACAUGAUUUUUAAAUCCAUUGUUAGAAGCCAUUACGAUUAUGGUUUAAUAAUUUACGGGAAAUUUUUAAGCCAACCUUUAUUUAAGAAAAUAGAAGUAACCCAAAAUAAGGGAUUAAGAAUUAUUACUGGAGCAAUGUGCUCAACUCCUAUAAAUUCACUUGAAAUAGAGGCUGGUAUACCGCCCAUUCUUGUUAGACUACGUUACCUUACUGAAAAGUUUUAUGUUAAAGUUUUAGCGUCUAAAGAAUACUCAAAUUUAUAUAAAAACACAAUAGACUAUUGCAAAAUGAUUAUAUUUUUGAAUUAAAUAAUAUUUGUGAAUGUAUAGACCAUAAAGGCAAAUGGGAUUUAGGCUCAUUAGAAGUACAACUUACUACAGCUUCCAUUCUUUCUGAGAGAAUAUCAAAUAAUAAUGACUUUUUAUAUUUUGUUAAUACUAAGAAAAAAGAAUACCGACGUAUAUAUACAGAUGGAUCUAAAACGGAAAACAGUACAAAAGCAGCAUAUUACGACUCUUUGUCAAAAUUUGGGCGUUGUUUCACUUUAAACGAAAAUUCUUCGAUCUUUACUGCGGAAGCAUAUGCUAUAUGUGCAGCUUUACAGUAUGCCAUUGCUUUAGCUGACAUCAAUAUUUUAAUAGUGACUGACUCAUUAAGUGUUUUAAGUUGCCUAGAAAAUAUUCAUAUAUCCUAUAAGAAUAAUAUAUUUAUUAAUAAAAUAAGACAGUACAUUUACGAUAAUCCUGAAAAACAAAUUGAAUUCUUAUGGGUGCCAUCCCAUAACGGGAUAACAGGGAACGAAACUGUUGACAGAUUAAUGAAAAUUCCAACUCCUGCCUACAUUAAUCCACAAUAUGCAAUUCCACCUGUUCCAAUGACGGAUUACCAUUCAAUUCUGAAGCAUCGCAUGUACAAACAUUGGCAUGAAGAUUGGGAAUUUACCAAACAAUUCAAGGGAAAGUGGUACGCAAGUAUCCAAGAAAAGAUUCCAGUAAAGCCCUGGUACUUCAGUCUUCAAUCUUCAAAUAGAAGAUUCAUAACUACUAUUAACAGGCUCAGAUUAGGUCACGGAAGAUUCGGUGCACAUUUACACAGAUUAAACUUAAAAUCUUCAGGAACUUGUGAAUAUUGCGAAAAUGAUGAAGCUACACUAGAUCACCUUAUUUUACAUUGUCCCGCCUUCAACAUAUCAAGAAUUAUUUUAGUAGAUGGCCUACUCAAGAUAUUUAAAGAUGAUGACAUUCCCCGCCUCUUGCCAUCUAUUCUCAAGAAUUUUGAAACAUGUAAAAUUUUAUAUGACUUCAUUUCCGCUACGUUUAUGCACUUGUAAAAGAAAAAAGAUACCCUUGAAAUGAACUCAUAAUAAUGAAGAAUUGGCUGUAUGGAUUUCAUCCAAGGCCAUUAAACUAUUAAAAAAAAAAAAAACACAUGUGUGAUAAGUUUUGGUGUAUUUAAUUUAUUUUAUCGUAAUUAAAAUAAAUAUGCAGCACGAUGAUGUUGUUUGGGCUAUUAUCAACAAGAGACAUUGUUCACACAAAGUAACAACUAAAACACAGCAUUUUUGCCGAAAUGAAUAUAACCUAACAGGUUUAUGUAGUAGAGCGUCUUGUCCCCUUGCGAAUAGCAAGUAUGCAACAAUCAGAGAAGAAAAUGGAAUCAUUUAUUUAUACAUGCGAACUGCUGAAAGGGUUAUGUUUCCUGCAAAACAAUGGGAAAAGGUGAAAUUAUCCAGAAAUUUUGAAAAAGCUAUAUAUCAGAUAAACGAAAAUCUUUUAUACUGGCCAGCAUUCAUAAAGGCAAAAUGCAAGCAGAGAUUUGUAAAAAUUACACAAUAUCUAAUUCGUAUGAGAAAAUUAAAACUAAGAAGAGUGAAAGAAUUGGUGCCUAUACAAAGAAAGAUUGAGAGGCGUGAAAGAAGAAGGGAAGAAAAGGCACUUGUUGCAGCCAGAAUUGAUAAUGCCAUUGAAAAACAAUUGCUGGAAAGACUUAAAAAGGGCACUUACAAUGAUAUUUAUAACUUUCCACAAAUGGCAUUUGAUGCUGCCCUAAAAGCAGAAGAAAUCUCUGGAGAAAGUGAAAGUGAGAAAGAAGAUGAAGAGGAGAAAGAGAUGGAGAUAGAGCCUGAACUGGAACAAGAAUUAGAGAAAGCAGUAGAAGAAACGGAUGAAUUUGUUGAAGCAGACAGUGAUAUGGAUUCAGAUGAGGAAAGUGACUCUGGAAGAAGAGAAGGUGCUGAUGUUGGUAGUGAUUUUGAAUCGGAGACAUCUGAUAUUGAAGAUGUUGCUAAGAAGUUAGGAAGCAAGAAGAAGCCGCGUGUGGAGAUUGAAUACGAGACAGAACCAGCUGUUAGUAUUUCUAAAAAGAAAAUAAAACAUUGAUUUACAUUCA